UUCUCCACUUUUCUUCCUCCGGUACCAUCCUCGGAGCGCAAGGUACAACCAUCCAAUGCACCGGCGAAAAAAGAUCCCUUUUUUUAUUCUAAUAUAUCUGGCGAUUUCGGUGUACGUGGCUCCAACGGCCAUGGCUUCUUUGAGGACCUUUGAGAAAUGUGUGUUCGAUAGUUCUCAAUUUUGUUCAAAACCCACAGGCCCCAACGGGCAAAAGCUGGUUCUUACACCAUUGUCCAUUCCGAGAAGGUCUGUAAUUCUCAUCUCUGUGGUGCCCUUCACCCUCACUGCACUUCCACAGACGCUGCUCGCCAGAGAGAGGCGCAUCAGGAAGAAUAUUCCUCUCGAAGAUUAUCUCACCAGCUCAGCUGAUGGGAUUAAGUAUUAUGAUCUUGUUGAAGGGAAGGGUCGAACUGCUGAAAAAGGAUCCACAGUGAAGGUACACUUCGAUUGUAUGUACCGUGGCAUUACAGCCGUGUCGAGCCGAGAAUCGAAACUCUUGGCUGGGAAUCGAAUAAUUGCUCAGCCAUAUGAGUUUCAAGUCGGCGCAAUUCCGGGGAAAGAGAGAAAGCGCGAGUUUGCGGACAAUCCAAACGGGCUGUUCUCGGCGCAGGCUGCGCCGAAGCCUCCAAAAGCUAUGUACACGAUAACUGAGGGGAUGAAAGUCGGGGGAAAGAGGACUGUGAUUGUUUCUUCGGAGGCCGGCUAUGGCUCCAAUGGAAUGAAUGAAAUUCCGCCUGGGGCUGAAUUUGAACUCAAUAUCGAACUUUUGGAAGUAACUCCACCUGAAGAAGCCAAGUGAAGAUCGAUCUGGGAAGAUUGUUCGAUUCAUUUGUUUUGUAAAUAAGCUCGCUCAUUAGCUGAGUAUUGUGACUCAACAACAGUUCUCAUAAUGUAGAGUUUGAUUCUUGAUGA